AUGGAAAGAUUAAUCAUUUUUAAUGAAGCAAAUUCCAAAACGAUAAAGAUUUUUAGUUAUGGCAUUGCUGGUAUAAGCUUAGCAGUUGCAUGUUAUAAAACCAAACCUUUUACUAAAUUCAGAAAACCAUUCAGUAUACCAUCUCAUUUUUUACAACAAAAACUUCAAGGUACUGUAAGAUGUAUAGAACCUGGUUCUGAUACACUUUUAAUGGUUGAUCAUAAGCCAUUAAUACCUUUACCUCGAUUAAGUAAUACAAAAUAUUUACCAAUUAAAAUAGCCAAUCUUGAUAUUACAACCAAUGGUAUUAGUUGGUUGAAAACGAUCGUUAAUGGGAAAGAAAUAACUUUUAUACCUUUAGCUAUAGAAAAAAACUAUGUAACUUGUAUUAUAUCUAUGCAACAAAAUAAGGAAUGUAUAAAAGUUGGUGAAGAAUUGACAAAACUUGGUUUUGCUAUAGUAACAAAAGAGUCUUUAAAAUUAACAGUAAAGGAUAAAGAUAUCUUAAAUUAUCAUACUUAUUUAUUGAAAGCACAACAAUGGGCACAAUAUAGAAGAAAUGGACAUUGGCAUUUUGUUAGAAAUCCUACUCUUUUAUGGAAAAUUAAAUAUUUAAGUGAAAAAAUAUUUAAGUGAUGUCAGA